AUGAUUAACAAAAGGGGAGCGCUGCUUUUACCCAUUGAGCAAUACUGGGUGCUGAGGGAAUCACUGUCAAUAUAUCCUGAGGCUCUCCUUCAAUUGACCAUAGCGUGGCACGACGUCGUCCAGGACAAUUUGGACUUCGACACAAUCGAGUACACUAUUCACGACCUCAUGGACAAUUACGAUUUUGAUCGUUUAGAGGUGGUCUUAGUUAAGAAUGAAGAUGGAGAGAUGGAGAAACGUUAUGAGACGCAAACUCCUGAUUCGAGUAUUCUGCUGCAGGAAGAGCAAGAGGCCCAUAAUGAGUUUGUUAUCUUAAGCAGGGGAGGAUUAGGAACCGAAUUACAUAUUUUUUUGAAUGAAGAGGGUCAGAUUGUUGACAAUAAUGAAGAAGUGGUUGCUCAUUUCUUUAAUCAUUUCAAAGGUUUUCUUGGCAAGGGAAGCAUAACUACUAGUCGGGCUGAUCAGACUUGUUUCCAGCAAGGGUUAGUUAUGAAUUUGGAGCAACAACUGGAUCUGAUUCAGCCUUUUUCUAAGAAGGAUGUUAAGAGGGCGUUAUUUAGCAUUUCUUCUAUCAAGAGCCCGAGUCCAGAUGGUUUUGGUUCUGCUGCUGAUUAUAGACCCAUAGAAUGCUGCAAUAGACUUUAUAAAUGCAUAUCAAAGAUGCUUUGCUUCAGGUUGGCUAAAAUUCUUCCUAUGCUUAUUCAUCAAAAUCAAGGAGCCUUUAUCAAGAAUAGACAACUAGCUCAUAAUAUAUUAAUUCUUCAAGAUUUACUGCAUGGCUAUACUAGGAAGAAUAUUACUCCUAGGUGCUUGAUUAAAAUUGAUCUGAGUAAGGCUUAUGAUUCAAUAGAUUGGGUUUUUUUGGAGGAUAUUCUGUCUGCUUUCUGCUUUCCUAGUAAGUUUGCUCAGUGGAUUAUGAUAUGCUUGACUGAUACAUCUUAUUCUCUAAUGUUGAAUGGGAGAUUACAAGGUAGCUUUGCAGGGAGGAAAGGCUUAAGGCAAGGAGAUCCAAUUUCUCCACUGCUUUUUGUGUUGGUUAUGGAGUAUCUCACUAGGCUUCUUAAUCAAGUUUCUCAACAUAGAAAGUUCUGUUUUCACCCUAUGUCUAAGAAUUUGCAUCUUGUUAAUCUCUGUUUUGCAAAUGAUCUAAUUUUAUUCUGUAAGGGGAACUUUAGAUCAGUUCAACUUUUAAUGGAGGGUUUUUUGUGA